GAUUGUUCAGUAUGCAACGCAGAUUAAUUCCGGUUCACCGAGCUCCAGCUAAGAUGAAUUUGGUUUUUGUUUUCUUGGCCCUCGUGGCAGUGUCUCAAGGUGUGCCGCUAGAAAGAUCCUUCGGUGGAAGGAUCGUCAACGGGGAGGAUGCUGAAGUAGGCGAAAUUCCGUUUCAAGUUUCCCUACAAACUUCGUACGGUUUUCACUUUUGUGGAGGCUCAGUCCUCACGGAAAACUACGUCGUUACAGCAGCCCACUGCGUCGCAGGUAAAGAAGCGGAGAACGUGAAGGUGAUCGCUGGCACGGUCGAUCUGGAGAAGCCUCACUCGAUUCACUACGUUAAAAAAAUAAUAAUCCACGCUGACUACGAUCCGUCCCAUUCCUGGUCGAACGACAUUGCCGUUCUGAAAGUAAACGAGCCUUUCGUCGUCUCGAAAACUAUUGCGUACGCGACUCUACCGAUGCAUAGUGAAGAAUUCGCGCCCGGCGUGGUCGCCGUUGCCUCAGGCUGGGGUCGUCUCUGGGAAGGAGGAGACACUCCUACGAAAUUACAACGCACCGACGUUAAGAUAUCGAGCCCAGAGUACUGCAACAAAGUUAACUCGGAUGCUGGAUACCCAGUUUACGAAGGUCAUAUCUGCGCUCACGAUCCCGACGUCAAAACUGGCCCGUGCCAUGGAGACUCCGGUGGACCAUUGGUCGUAGACGGUAAACUUGUAGGUCUCGCGUCCUGGGUCAUAAGCUGUGCUUCGACCAAGUAUCCGACGGUAUACACGAAAGUAUCCCAAUACGUAGACUGGCUCGAGGUCAACGCAGUUUAAUCCGAUUGGAUAUCCCUCUCCGAGUCAAAUUUCUUUUUCAUAUAAUCCUGCAGUUUUCUAUUGUUAAAAGUUCAGGCUUUUGGAAUAAAAUGUGUGGAUAUUUUUCAAACACCGUUAAAACUA